AAUUUACCAACGAUGCCUAUUCCUCAACCACAACAGCCGAAUAUGAAUCUGAACCAGCUGAUGACACCGACUACUGCCCAACAAGAAUCUGAACCACGACCGAUGCCAACCUCGACUAUACCCAUCCAUAAAUGGAAUAUUUACUUUGAUGGGACUGAUAGUGUGAUUGGAUUUAUAGAAGAGAUAGAGAGACUUGCUGAAUCCCGAAAGACAUCCUUAGAACAUGUGUUCGAAUCGAUUUACGAACUUCUGCGAAAGGAUGCCAAAGAUUGGUUCAUCCCCCGGAGGGGACUCUUCAGAAACUGGGACGACUUCAAGACUCAAUUAAAAGAGGCAUUCUUACCAGUCAACUAUGAAGAAAACCUACUGGAUGAAAUCAAGAAGAGGAUGCAAGGUCCUGAUGAGAAGUUACUACUGUAUGUCACCCGGAUGCAAAAUCUGUUCCAAAAGCUGACUUGUAAUCGUCCCACGGAGAGUGAACAGAUUCGACUGAUAAGACAGAGGUUAUUGCCAUCACUGCAACAGGCCUUGGCUUUCCAGGAGACGACCACCUACGAUGAACUCCUGAAAAAGGGAAAAGUUUUUGAAAUGGUUCAAUGGCAGAUGGGACAUUAUACCAAACCACCGGUUAAACCCAGCCUCAUCGAUGAACCACAUCUAACAUAUCAUCAACGUCGUCAACAGGACUACCCGGCCAACCUCUCUGCAAUUUCGGAGAAUACUAGACAACGAAACCACAGUACUCGUCAGGAAGCUCCCACAACAUCUCCAUCUCCGAAGAAGGGCCCGUCAAGACCGCUAACCACAGGCAGAAGGAUAGAAGACUGGAAUUGCUCAGUAUCCCCUGGACCAGAUCGUCCCCAUCUGCCCUCGAGGCCACCGGAAUACUCGACCAACAGAACAGGAAAUGCCAACACCUCCCAGGAUCGGAAUGGAUCACCACCGGAGCGAAGAGUGUCCUCCCAGACACAAUGCUUCAGAUGCGGGGGAUAUGGCCACCUACGUCGAGACUGCCGAAGGACACCGAAAAUGUUCUGCUCCCGAUGUCAACGAGAAAAUAUCCUCUCACGAGACUGCCCAUGUCCUCAAAACCGGAGAGGAACGACACCGUCAACUUCAGCGGGACUCCUAACUACAGUGAUUCCUAUCGUUAGCAACGACAGCUGGCCUCUGGUAGAAGUGCACAUUGAGGGAAAGUUAUUCCAUGCAUUGAUAGACACUGGUGCGGCAAAGAGCUGCUGUAGUCAGAGGGUGGCCCAGCUGUGUGAAAGAAAUGGAAUCAAGGGAGAAAAAUCAACGACUGAAGCUGUCAUGGUAGCGAAUGGACAAACUACAGCCAUACCGAAGAUGUAUCACCUUGGAAUGGUGAUAGCCGAUUAUGCCCUGAAGAACAUAGAAUUCUUACUUGUACCCAACUUACCAGUCGACUUAAUCCUGGGAAUAGAGAUGCUGAAGACAUACAACUUCUCCCUGGAUAUCAAGAACACAGAAUGUUAUCUGGAAGGACGACGGAUCCCCAGAGCUAAACAGGUUAGCCAAGAGGUCAUAGAGGUGCAGACUCCCGAAAAACACCUCCAGAACCGAAGAGGAUCCCACAACAUACUUGCUGAGAGCCCGUUGAGAAAUCCAUUGCCGACACUCAACUGUGUCCAACUGAAAGAAACAGGUAUGCAAUGUAAGUGGUACAAAAAUAAGUUUCAGGAAGUAGAGAAAGGACCAGAGCACUGCCCCGAGUAUUCCAUCAUCAAUGGAAGAUUGCACCGACACUUUUGGGAUUCAUCAGAUGCCAGGGAAGCUGGAACAGGCCACCCAUGGAAGCUGUGUAUACCCACCGAACAGAGGACCAAAGUACUGAAAGAAAACCACGACUCAGCCUUGGCUGGACAUCUGGGAAUAGCUAAGAUGAUUGCGAAGAUCUCGCGGAAUUAUUACUGGCCAGGUAUGUUUAGGGACAUUGCGAAAUAUGUCCGGAACUGCACUUCGUGCCAAAAGUUCAAAGUACCCCAACAGCAACUGGCAGGAAAGAUGCAACCUCGAAAGAUGGUGGAUGCGCCGUUCAAGGAAGUACCGGUGUUAAGGAGGAGAACAACGACGGAGAUGCGGAUGUCUAGAGCCCCCCAGAGCUCGGUAUCGUCAGUUAGAGGGAGAAAUUACCUAGCAGGAGUAGAGAGAGUGGUGAAGAGGACCACUACGCAAUCUACACAGACACCCCCGUUGUGCCAGCCGCGUACCAAUCAAACCACACCGGCCCCAAGGAGCGUUCGUAUUGUAGGUACGAUGGGAAAUAAAGUGUACCUAGAGGUUAGGCCCAACACUUGCUGGAAGUGCGGCAAGACAUGUCCCUCGCGGCAGGAGUGUCGAGGUCGACCACUCCUAUUCUGCAGCAGAUGUGGUUUGAUAGGUACGCAGACCAGGUACUGCGAAUGCGUAUCCAGGAAACUGGCCCCACGGCCGACAGCAACUAGGUUGACGCCAGAACAACUAGCCCUGCGUCCGUGUGCAAGAUGCACAGAGAGAGAAGCCACGCAGCGGAGAGAAGAGAGAGCAAGCAAAUGAGAUAGAAUUAAAAAAAAGAUACCGUUGUUUUUGUUCCAUACUCCUGUAAAACUGUAUAAAACCAUAUAGGGCCUAACCCAAUAUCUGAUAACAUUAUAUUCAAGACUAGUAGACUGAUUUUUAAUCUGUAAAUGUUGAUGAAACUGAAUAGUACAUAAUAAGUCAGUGAAUAUUAUACAAUAAAAACAAUUCCAGUCACUUGCCCCGAAUUUCAAAGGCCAUCAGAUAUAAAUUAGUAGUUUCACUGUGUAAUCUAUUUGAAGAAUGCCAUUUCUAAUCUCUUACUGUUCUGAUAAAUUACUGAAAUAUUCCGCAGUGUUACAGAUGAAGUUUUCUAAGAGGCUAGAUACUCACCGAUGAGAAUGAAUGCUGGAGAUAGGCAACACACCUUUCAUCGGAUGAUCAGCUGUAGGCCCAAUUCCACCGAAGACAUGAUUCCUGAAGAUUUAUUCAUGUCAUCAUCCAAGAAAGAAGUACUUGAAGAAUUGGACAUCAUGACCUGUCAAUUAUUACUCUGGUGGACAUCUGGAUUCCAUUUCAAUUUUCAUAUAGAUAAUUUAAACUGUAUAACUGGAAGAAUUUUCACCGUUCUGAAAAUUUCACCAUACAGUCACUGAUUCCUUGUAAUAUCCACAGGUAAAUCAACCAGUAUAUCAAUGAGUUUGGAAUGGUUUCGACUCAUCUGACUGGGAACUUCGACGUCCCUCUGAAAUAAUAUGGCAUGAUUCAUCGAGAUAUGGAAAUCACGGAACUACUCACCGGAGAAGGGGAUAAUCCACACCUGACAUCAGAUUAUUUCACCGACACUUGGAAACUUCAUGGAAAUGGGAAUGAGUUCUACUCCACAACCCCGAGAUGAAGAAAUUCCCCAAACAUGUACACAUUCAAAUCACCCCGGAUGACCGA